CAUCCGACUCAUAGUUACUCGCAGUUUGGAUUCAGGAAAUGCUUCAAUUUUGUUUUCUUGUCAUCCGAAAUUCAAAGAAAAACUGGCGGAAUCGUUUGUGCAUUUCAGAAAGAUUACUUUUGGAUUCUGACGCUGUGUUUAGAUCAUUCAGUAGUUUCUCAGCCAUUAAAUUCACUUGUAGUUGAGAGAACGGGAGAUUUUAGGGUUUGCAAAUCAUGAGUAAAGCGAUGGAGAGUAUACAGCAUCUUAUUGAAGAAGCUAAGCUUCGAGCUGUGUGGUGGACUCUCUGCAUAUUCGCAGUGUCUUACUUCUUGACGCAUAGUAGUAAAUCAAUGCUAAUGAAUAUUCCCAUAGCCAUACUCUUGAUCUCUGGACUGAGACUUCUGUUAAAUGAGGUGGAAUUCCGAUGGAAGGUUCGGAAUAACAGGACAGCAUCGUACUUAUCACAUUUACAAAAUAAGCAGCUAUCAGUAAAUGAUUCUCGGCUGACUACUCCGGCACCCCCCAAAAAGUGGAAAAGAAAAAUAGAUUCGCCUCUUGUGGAAGCUGCUAUUGAGGAUUUUGUCAACAAACUUUUACAUGAUUUCGUCACAGAUUUAUGGUAUUCUGGAAUUACCCCUGACAGAGAGGCGCCAGAACUAAUGCAUGCUAUAACCAUGGAUUUUCUUGGAGAAGUAUCUGCUAGAAUCAAAGAAUCAAACCUUGUUGACCUGUUGACAAGGGAUGUAGCAAACCUGAUAGGCGAGCACCUUGAUCUCUUCAGAAGGAACCAGGACACUAUUGGUGCGGAUGUUAUGGGAACAUUGUCUUCUGAGGAAAGGGAUGAAAGAUUGAAACACCAUCUCCUGGCCUCUAAGGAGCUUCAUCCUGCUUUGAUAUCACCAGAGAGUGAAUACAAGGUUCUUCAGCGGCUGAUGUCUGGAGUUUUGGUGGUUGUGCUGAGAUCAAGGGAAGCUCAAUGCCCUCUAGUCCGCUGCAUAACUCGCGAACUCUUAACUUGUUUGGUGGUGCAACCCCUUAUGAAUUUCGCAAGUCCCUUGUAUAUUAAUGAGUUAAUUGAAUAUAUUGUCCUUGCGUACAACAAGAAGGAGUCAAGGGAGUCCUCCAGCGAUCAGUCGUCUAACAUGGGGGGUCAUAACCCUGAACACCAAGUUUCGAGUGAACUUGGUCAAAGCAGUGAAUCAAAUUUGAGAAAAAUACCGUCUUUGAACAAUGAAGAGACUAGUAACUCAGACGAUUCUUUAUCUAGCACGACUGAGGAUGAAAUAACUCAUAUGCGACAUGGUGAGUGGGCUAAACCAUUUGAAGCUGCAACUCAGAGAGGAGCAGAUGUUCUUAUGCCUGAAACUCUUGAAAACAUGCUGACUAGUGGAAUUAACUACAAAAAUAAAAUCCAGAAAAAAGCUGCUCUAGGAGUUCCGGACUACUUAAGUGGCCCAUAUGAGUUGGUGACUGAAGUACCCAAACAGAAGCCUGGAAAUUAUCCUCAAAUAGAAGAAAAUGUUUCAAUGCAGCUACCACCCAAACAGAAGCCCAUGCAGGAAUCUUACUCCACUGGUUUGAAUAUUGAUGCUUUAAGCCAUUCCCAAGAGCAUAAUAUGGAAGUGGUUCCAAAAGGAACACCUUCUGUGCAUGAAGUGGAAAACAGAAAUGAGAUCAUAAUGCCAAACAGCACCCCUGCCUUUACAGUUCAGUCAAACCUGGAAGACAUGUAUACAAGUGAAGGCAGCACACCUAUCAUUGAUGAGUUCUACAGUGCAGAUGGUAAAAAAGUUAAUGUACAUAACCUGAUGAGCAAAAUGGACAUUGUAUUACGUUGUGAAGGACUGCAUGCUUCAAAGCUUAGAUGUCAGGUAAAUGGAGCAUACUUUCAGAAACUUGGUUCGAAAUCUUUUGCAGUUUACUUGAUCGCUGUUACAGAUGCUGACGGCAUCACUUGGUUUGUGAAAAGGAGGUAUCGAAACUUUGUGAGAUUGCAUAGGCAUCUUAAGGAUAUUCCCAAUUAUACAUUACAUCUGCCUCCAAAAGGGAUAUUCUCUUCAAGUACAGAUGAUGUUCGCCACCGCUGCAUUCAGCUAGACAAGUAUCUUCAAGAUCUCUUAUCAAUUGCUAAUGUAGCAGAGCAACAUGAAGUGUGGGAUUUUCUUUGUGCUUCCUCUAAUAAUUACUCCUUUGAGGAAUCUUCAUCUGUGAUGAAGCCUCUGACAGUUAACAUGGAUGAUGCUGUUGAUGAUAUAUUAUAUCAAUCCAAAGGGGUUUCUGAUGGCCUUAUGUCAAAAGUUUCUCGCUCACCUUCAUCUUCAGUUCAGCAAGGUUCUUUUGUUACAAGCAAAAAUUUGGCCUGGAAUGUGGACGAUAUAAAUAAAUUGGCCAUCAGAAGACCUAGUAUGUCAGAGUCAGCCGACAGUUUCUCAGACAACGAUGCAGGUGAUAAAGAUCUAAACCUUUGGGAUCAGGAUGUAGAAGCUGCAAGCCAAUCUAGAGGGUGGAAUUCAGACCGUGAGUCAACCUCAAAGGGGUUACCACAGAAGGUUGUUAAACAUGAUACAUAUGACAUGAACUUCCACUCAGAUGAAAUUCAACAAAGUUUGUGGUUGAAAUCCACAUCAAACUCUGACAGAUAUCUCGAGUCUAAUCUAGCCACAACAUACAUUCGUCAAGAUGCUCUUACUGGGGUGCCCACAGAGUGGAUUCCACCAAAAUUAAGUGUUCCAGUUCUGGAGUUAGUUGAUAAUGUAUUUCAACUCAAACAAAGGGGCUGGCUGAGGAGACAGGUAUUGUGGAUAUCAAAACAAAUAUUGCAGUUCGUCAUGGAAGAUGCAAUUGAUGACUGGCUCUUGAGGAAAAUCCGCAGGCUCCGUAGAGACGAUGUUGUUGCACAAGGGAUUCGAGCGGUCCAGGAUAUUCUCUGGCCUGAAGGCACAUUCUUCAGAAAAUUGGGUGCUCAAAAGAAAAAUUUGAAAGCUACUCAAAAGUCUCCGCAAGCUACAAAACAACCAGGUGGUAUGAGGACUACUCAAUCAAGGUCUUUUGAGCGACAGCUGGAAGCUGCUCGCAGAGCUAGCUAUGUGAAAAAGAUGUUAUUAAAUGGUGCUCCAACCACUUUAGUCAGUUUGAUUGGACAAAAGCAGUACAGACAGUGCACUGGAGAUCUCUACUAUUUUCUUCAGUCCACAGUUUGUCUGAAGCAACUCAGUUAUGGAAUACUGGAACUUGUUCUGCUAUCAAUUUUCCCUGAGCUGCGGGAGCUUGUUUUGGAUAUCCACGAACAGUCGCAAUCUCAACCUGUAUAGAAGAAAAUCUUGUUCUAACUCACCAUCUGAAGAUGGUCAAGCUUCUGUCAUCAGUUUCAAUUUUCAGGGGACACUGACUUUGGAUCAGUUCCAAUUUUGUUGUACAAAAUGCAAGAAUUUGCUGUGUACAGUUGUCUAUUUUUUUGUAUAUUCCUCGUGAGGGAUGUUUGAAAAAGAGAAGGAAAAAUAUCAGAUUUAACCUCUGUACAACUGUUUGUUCGACAUUCGAAGAGCUUUAGGUGUUUCAAAUA